AUAAUUUCAACCCAAGAAUUGACGUAGUUAACUAUGAAUUGCACUUCGCUGACAUAAUCACCACAUUUCGGGCCUUCUUUCUGCCGACGAUCUCGAACUUUUGGCCAGAGCUUCUCCGCAAAGCUUCAAGGGUUCAUCUCACGCCCAACAUCCAUCAUAUCACCACUCGCCAUGACAUCUUGCUCCAGGCUGGCGGCCUCCGGCGCCUCCGGCAUAAUACGCUCUUCGCGACCUCAAUUAAUACAUUCCAGGAUAUCCCCUCUUGCCAUUCAUCCGGCGCUCGCCGUCUCCUCCGCCCGCGCCUUCACUCAGCUAAACUCUCAAUCCGCCUCCUCAUCCAAUCCUACAAACGUCUUCUCCUCAAUGAGCCAACUCGGAAACCAGCCAGGUCCACCGUCGUACUUUCAAUCCCAGCGACGACUCCCCGCCAACACCAUCAUCCGAUUCGUACCGCAGCAGACGGCAUGGAUAGUCGAGCGCAUGGGGAAGUUCCAUCGUAUCUUGGAGCCGGGGCUUGCGAUCCUGAUACCGUUUCUUGAUCGUAUAGCGUAUGUGAAGAGCUUGAAGGAGGCGGCGAUUGAAAUCCCGAGUCAGAGCGCCAUUACGGCAGAUAAUGUUACGCUGGAGUUGGAUGGUGUGUUGUAUACGAGGGUAUUUGAUGCGUAUAAAGCCAGCUACGGAGUUGAGGACGCCGAAUAUGCUAUCUCCCAACUCGCGCAAACCACCAUGCGUUCCGAAAUCGGCCAGCUUUCCCUUGACCAUGUUCUCAAAGAACGCGCUAACCUCAACGCAAACAUAACUGCCGCCAUCAAUGAAGCGGCCCAAGACUGGGGCGUCACCUGCCUGCGUUACGAGAUCCGAGACAUCCACGCCCCGGAGCCUGUCGUUGAAGCGAUGCACCGGCAAGUGACUGCGGAGAGAAGUAAGAGGGCCGAGAUUCUCGAGUCUGAGGGUCAGCGACAGUCAGCCAUCAACAUUGCAGAGGGAAAGAAACAGAGCGUGAUUCUUGCGUCUGAGGCGCUGAAGGCGGAGCAGAUUAACAUGGCGAGUGGUGAGGCCGAGGCGAUUCUCGUUAAAGCGCAGGCCACAGCAGCGGGAAUCGAUGUCGUAGCACACUCGAUUGCGCAAGGUCAGGACUCCGCCCAAAGUGCCGUUUCGCUCUCCGUCGCAGAGAAGUACGUCGGUGCGUUUGCCAACUUGGCGAAGGAGGGUACAAGUGUCAUUGUGCCUGGUAACGUCGGAGAUAUCGGAGGCAUGAUUGCAAGCGCAAUGGCCGUGUACGGAAGAGUCAACGACGCGCAGAUGAAGGGUGUUGCGUCUAAGAUGACGGGCAACCAGGACACGCCAGCCGGCAGGAAGAUUGCAGAAUUGGAAGGCCAGUUGGGGGAUAUUGAGCACGGAUCUGGGGAGGUUACCAGUGCGAUUCAGAAGGCUAUGGAUCAGAGGUUGAAUAGGAAGUGAGGGAGGCAAAUCGAAGAUUGGGCGCAUAGCAUUGCUGGACAGCGUAGGAGCAUGGAGCAUGGAACAUCAGGGGAAGGAGUUGUCUUGUACAAGAAUUAUCUGUAUGAAUAGGCCACGCAGCGAGCGCCCCCACUGUGUUGGGUAUCAAUCAAGGGGUUAAAAAGCUGAUUUUCUCCCUUCUUCAUUUUUAUUCUAGGAGUUCUCAACUCUUGUUUGGAAACUCCACUUUCGUUUGUUCAUAGGGAAAUAGAUGUGUAACUUUCAACCC